AUGGCAGAGAACAAUGAGGUCAAGGUCCCUCUCGUUGAACAAGUCCUAGCUAUAACUGUGGAGAAGAAGGAGAAGAAGAAGAAGAAGCCAAAAAAGAAAGAGACAAGGGCUGCAGAAACCGCCACUGAAAUGGAAAAGGAAACUAAGGUUGUUGUUGAAGGUGAGGCUGGCGAAGUGAAAAACAAAAAGUCAAAGAAGAAGAGUAAGAAGCCAAAGAGUAGUAAUGACGAAAAAGCUUCUUCUUCUUCAAUUACUACUACUGGUAGUAGCGGUCCAGAAUUGGGUAUUAAAACUGAAACUGACACUUCAGAAAAGAAAGAAAAGAAACUUAAAAAGACUAAGAAAUCUAAGAAAGAAAAGACUAGUAAAGAUGGUGAAACUAGUGUAGUAGAAACUUCUGACGCUACUAUUAAAGGUGAGCCAGAAAAAAAAGAAAAGAAGAAGUCUAAGAAGUCUAAGAAGGUCAAGACAACUGAUUCCACUAAUACUACUAGUAGUAUUGAUAAUGACGAUGAAACAAAAAAGAAGAGUUUGAAGAGAAAAGAUAACAAAGAAAAGAAGAAAUCGAAAAAGAAGGAUACCAAAGAAAAGAAAUCUAAAGAAGCUUCAAGAGAACCCUCUUUGGCUAUCCCUACUUCCGAUGAUGUUCCUGAAAUCCCAAUUGACACUAGUGCUUCAGCCCCAACUGAAGCAUCUCCGUCUGUUGGUAAAUUAGGAACGGUUACUGUAAAUAAUAUUCCACACACUACAACAGUAUUUGAUUUAACUCACAUUAAAGGUACCGAAGAAGCCCCUAUUGAAACUAAGAAUGAUUUCAAGAUACAUUCCCGUGUUGAUUACGGUACAAAGGGUACUAAAGUUGACGUCUUAACAAACCAUGUAUGUUUAACAGUAGGUGACGAUGUUAGUGGUCAUAAAAACUCUGAAUUGGAUCCAUGGUGGAAAUCUGCCUUCAUUUACAUCUAUCACAUAGAUUUCAAACCAAAUGGAAAACUAGGAAAAGGUGGGAAAGGAGGUCGCGGUAAAUCUGUUCCACCUCCUGCCCCACUAUCUAAAUCAAAGAAAUAUGAAUUAGUCGAAGCUUUAUUCCAUGAAGAUGAGACGUUAUAUAAAUACAAAGAUCGUAUCGCCUUUAAUGGUGAAGAGACUUUGUAUUCACACAUUCCACUAGAAGAAUUCACUUUGUUCGAUGGUUGCUGGGAUAUUUCAAACAAACAGAAGAAGAAGAAGACUUCUAUUGAAGGUUUAAAUAACAACUCUAAAGAAGAAAUGAACGAAUUAGUUUCUCAAGUCACAUUGAAAUUCGUCUCUAAAAUUGGUUUAUCAGCAAUUUAUAAAGAUACCUUAGGUAAAAAUCCAGAAGAUCAGGAAAAUAAAAUGUCUGCACCAGAUAAAACUGUCUUACUAUCUUUAUUAGGUGUCAAAUUCCUACAGUCAACCGAUCCAAUCUUCCAAGUCCAUGGUAAUAAAUUUUUUGUUUAUAAUCAAUAUGCUAAGGCUAUUCCUUUCCAAAUUGGUGCUUAUUUGAUUCAUGGUUUCACUGUGUCUUUAAGAUAUUCAUAUGGUUCUGUUUUAUUAAAUACCGUUAAUGUUGCUCUGCCAUUCUAUAAACAUACCAAAUACUUACCAGGGGAUCCAAAAUUCAAUGAAAAUAAUGAAACCCCAUACACUUUAAUGGAUUGGAUCCUUGAGUGUUAUGAUCAGGUUAAUGCUCAGCAUAAUGGUGGUAAACCACAAAAGGGUAAACCUUCUGAAAAGGAUAUCAAUUUCUUUAUUAAAAAGAAUAGAGAUAUCAAAAAUCUAAUAAAAGGCUUAAAAUGUUACAGGCCUUACAUUAAUUAUUCUGUUAACCCAGACGGCACACCAAAACCACCAAAGAAAAUGCAAUCUAAAGGUAUUGUUGGUUUUGCUAGAGAGACAGCUACUUCUAUGAAAUUUAAAAUUUUGCCAAGUGAUGUUGCUAAUCAAUCACCAGUUCCCGGUGAAAAGGAAAUUAUGAUAGAUACUAAUGACUAUUUUGCUAAAAAAUAUAAUAUUAAAUUGAAAUACCCAGGUGUUAAAUUAGUUUCUUUAGGCGGUUCCAAUGUAGUUCCAGCAGAAUGUUUGACUAUUGUUCCAGGUCAAAAGUUAAGGGGAAGAGUUUAUGAUGAAAAGGCUGUUAUUGAUUUCACUGCUUUAAGACCAGAUGAAAAAUUUAGAGCCAUUUCUAGAUUAGCUUUACCAUCUAUUAAAAGGGCUUUGAGUGGUGAUGAAGAAAACGUUGUAGCUCCACACGAUUCUGAUUACAGUUUCUUAAAGGUUCCAUCUCGUGUUGUUGACGCUCCAACAAUUCAAUUCCAGACUACACAAAUUAAAUAUGAAGACAAACCAUAUGGUACUAAAGUGCCAAACUCUAAAGCUGAAUCACAAGAGACCAAAGGUAACUGGAAUUUACAAGGUCAUCAAUUCAUACAAUCACCAAGUGAGGAAUUGACUUUAAGGGCUAUCUUUAUUAACGAUUCCAAUAGAGCACCACCUGUCUCUAUCAUGGAAGAUGCUAAGAAAUCGUUGAACAAAUUUGCCUCUGAUGUUGCUUCUGUUGGUGUGAAGUUUAAUGUAUCCCCUCAACUUAUUUUGAUCAAUGAAUUCGACUCUCCAGUUAAGAAAGUUGUUGGCGGUCGUGGCGGCCGUGGUGGUCGUGGUGGUCGCAGUAGCCGUGGCCAAAUAUCUUGGGAGAUUACGCCUGGUGAAGAAAAAUUGGUUGAAUUGUUAUCAAACGUUCCACCAAAGAGUUAUAUUCUUUUCAUCUUAAACAAGCCUAAUCAAGAUACUGUUUACAAUAGAUUGAAAUACUUAGCUGACUUGAAAUUCGGUGUUGUUAACUCAUGUGUUGUUUGGAAUAAUUUCAGAAAGAACUCUAUUCAAUACAAUAUCAAUGUUGUCAUGAAGAUGAAUUUGAAAUUGGAAGGCAUCAAUCACUCCUUAUCGAGUGAAGACUUAAAACCAUUAAAGGAUGAGGAAACUGGUUUACCGUUCAUGGUUCUAGGUGCAGAUGUCACUCACUAUCCAGAAAAGGAACAAAACUCUAUUGCAGCUCUUGUUGGUUCAUUUGAUGAUAAAUUUGCUCAAUAUCCUGGUAACUAUAUUUUACAGGAUGGUCCAGGUGAAGAAACAAUUUCCAGAAUCGGUAGUAUGGUCUAUGAUAGAUUAAGAAUUUACCAUGCAUAUAACAAUGGUAAAUUACCACCAAAGAUUUUAUUUUAUAGAGAUGGUACCUCCGAAUCUCAAUUCCAGGAUAUUGUUAAAGUGGAAGUUAAAGAUAUUAAAGAGGCUUUACGAAAGGCAGGUUCACAAUUAUUAAAUGGUGCCAAAUAUGAUCCACCUGUUACUGCUAUUUCUGUUGUUAAAAGAAAUCAAGUUAGAUUUAUGCCAUUGUAUAAGAAUGCUAUCAAUGAAAAGGGUGAAACUUCUGCAGUCCAGUCUAUGGGCAACGUUAUGCCAGGUACGGUUGUAGAUAGAGGUAUUACUUCCUCUGCACACUUUGACUUCUUUUUACAAUCUCAACAAGCCUUGAAAGGUACUGGUGUUCCAUGUCACUAUUGGUGUAUUUAUGAUGAAAACCAAUUUAAUUCUGAUUUCCUACAACAAGUUACACAUGCUUUAUGUUAUAUGUUCGGUAGAUCUAGUACAAGUAUUAAGGUUGCAUCUCCAGUGUAUUAUGCUGAUAUCUUGUGUGAACGUGCCGCUGCAUUCUUUAAAGCUAACUAUAAUGUUGUUAAGUUUGAACACGAUAAGAGUAAGAAGAAUAGGACUGAUCCAAUCCCACCUACUAAAUUAUUACCAGUAGUCAAUGACAAGGUUAAGGAUAUAAUGUACUACAUUUAG